AAAAAAAUAUUUAAAUAAUAAUUUAAUUAACUAACAAAUAAUAAAGUAUUGUAAUAACAAUUAAAUUAAUAUUUAACCUUCGGAUGAAACAGAAUUAAUGAAUUAAAGAGCACGACUUUAAACAAUCGCUCGAGUUUGAAUUGAAAUCUCGAAGAUUCUAUAAUAACCUCUUGGGAGGUGCCCGCCAACGGCAGGUCCUGCUGAAAGCAUAGGCUUUCGCGAAGCGAAAAAAGAAAUAAAAGGGGAAAGGCGUGCCUAAGUUGAUUGCGGUUUUUGUAUUUAACAUACGAUGACUGAAAAUCAAUUAUAUCCUAUGUCAACAGAGCUAUUUGAUACUUCCUCGAAUAGUAGUCAACACCAAAUAAAAUACGAUUUGUAUUCAUUCGGUUUAGGCACCAGUGUGGCUGGAGCUGGUGCUAGUGCUUUAUUUGCCAGUUGUUUAACAAAUACCGCCCCCGCCGCCGCCGCCGCCAACACCACCAUCAUCACCACCACCACCAAUAAUACUAUUAACGCAAAUAUAAUCAAUUAUAAUACAAAUUGCGGAUCGUUAAUAAAUCAUAGCAACGCUAAUAGUAGCGGUGCUAUGCUUACCAAUGCCAUAAGUAUACCACGUAGUAAUAAUCCGAAUCAAAGUCAUAAUCCUUAUCAAGACGAGGCUUUGCAUCAUCCAACUUCAAGUCCCUUUCUCAGCCAUCAGUACCAUCAGCAAUUGCAACAAAAUCUAAAUCAAUAUCAUCAACAAAAUAAUAAUAAUAAUAACAAUAACAGCAGCAACCACAACAACAACAACAACAACAACAACAACAACAACAAUAAUCAUAUUAAUAAUCAUAAUCAUCAAAUGGCUACAGCGAAUAUGAUGUCAACGACGAGCAGUAGUCAACAAACCUCGAACGGUCAACUUCAGCAAUCAUCGGAACCGAUGUCGACCGGCUUAAAUGAUUAUUCCGAUUAUGGUUUAGAUCCUCUCGAUGCUUCUAAUUUAUCGCCUACCCUAUUGCAAGAUGUUAAUAUGAGUGCCGCUACCCAAAAUCUUCAAACGACGUCUGUGACGUCGCCAUUUUAUGCGCAGGACGCUUCAUCUCCUUUAGAUAAUCAUAAAGGUCUGGGCGGAGAUGGCAAUUUACAAUCGCCAACAACUAAUCCCAAUUCGGAUCUAACAAGUGUUAAUUCAUUUUUGGGUGCCGGCAGUAAUGUCGACGAUGUUAGCUCUUCUCUGAUGUAUGACUCUAAUGGCGCCGCCGGGCCAAACGCUAUAUGGAGUGAUAUUGGUAGUGCCAUUGUCUCUACAAAAAGUGAACCACCUUUCACUUUAGAAGACGACUAUAUAUUUCCGAUAGAUAAAAAUGAAAUAAAUGCCGCCACAUUUGGCGAUUUAGGUGAAGAUAAUUUUUUGGACAUUGAAGAAUUUUUGCAUACAAACGCAACCGCUGGCUCUCAGGAUAAUGGUAGCAAUUUUUUGCUUAAUUCUUCUUCUUUUAAUAACUCCAAUGCCAAUGCAACACCCUCGCCGGGUAUUGAUCCUCCAAUGGAAUUAAUGCAACAGCAACACCAACAGCAACAACAACAACAACUGCAACAAUUUACACAAUUACAGAACAUGUCCGCCACAAAUGGUGUUGACAGUAUAUUAAUGCAACAGCAGCAGCAGCAGCAGCAACAGCAGCAGCAAAAUCAACAAAGUUCCUCUAGUCCGUACGAAAUUUACCACAGCACACCAAAUAAGCAACAACUGCACAACAACAAUUCAAAUACAUUCUCACCGGGCAGUCAGCCUUCUAAUUCGCCUUUACAAAUAAAUUCCAUAACGCCACCGCCACCACCUCACGCCAAUCGUUCACAGUACCAGCAAAGUCAAGUACGAUCGCGUAAUAUGCAAGAGCUAAUGAAGAAAGGUUUCUCAAUAUCACCGGACCGCCAUAAUUCGUCCAAUUUGUUAGGUCAAUCAGUUCCCGGCACUCAGACGAUGUUAAUGUCUGGCCACGCUUUGAGUCCCAGUAGUGGUAGUAGCGGUUAUGGUAGCGCGAAUGGUGCCAACACAAGCAGCACAAAUAUCGUUAGCCUAAACAGUACACGUAAACCAUUUUUCCUUUCAAUGGUGGCGGCCAAUGAUGUUUCGGCUUUGGCUCGUCUUUCGUCAUCGGCACCGACAAGUCAUGAGCAUAUCUGGAUGAGACGUGAACCUAGACAGCAUUUAUUAUCUACAGGUUCCCUAGCUGAGGCGGAAUCAUUCUCCUCUCUCAGUACUGGCAGUGUUCUAUCGCCCGAUAUUAACGAUUAUUCCCAAGAUGAUGAUGAUGAUAAUUCGACUGAUGAGAACAGUGAUCAUUAUGAUGAUUUAUCCAGUGAUGGUUCAGAUAAUGAUGACGAUACGUUACGCGGUCGGACGAGUUCGGUUGGUAGUCAACAUCAAUUAUCCUCUUCGAAGGGUAAAGAACGUUAUUUCUGGCAGUAUAAUGUUCAAGCUAAAGGGCCAAAAGGCAAACGUUUGGUAUUCCAAUCGAAACUAGAAGAUCCUCAUAUUCUCAACGAGGUAACAGAUCCGGUAUUCAGUCCUAACUGUUCCGUAAAGGGCAUUAAGGUGUAUAAGCAUAGUGGCAAGGCCCGGAAAGGUGAUGGCAAUGAUUUGACACCGAACCCUCGUAAAUUGCAUAAUAUUGGCAGAGAAUUGGAUCGUUUAAGUCGCACGAUAAAUGAUAUGACUCCUGUCUCCGAAUUACCCUUCAAUGCGAGACCUAAGUCGCGUAAAGAAAAAAAUAAAUUGGCCUCACGCGCUUGCCGCUUGAAAAAGAAAGCUCAACAUGAAGCGAAUAAAAUUAAACUUUACGGUUUAGAAAUAGAGCACAAACGUCUCUUAAAUGCUAUCGCUGAAAUCAAGCAAACACUAAUAUUGAAAUAUCGCAAACAAAAUGUGGGCGAAUCGUUUGAAGAGUCCGAUCAACAAAUUGAAAGGAUUUACAAACAUGCUAUCAGUGGUUUAGCCAUAGCUGGCAUAACAACGGAAUUCGUGAAUAGAGUUCUGGAAAAUGUUAAGAACGGACAACCAAAUGGUGGUUUAGAUGAAUUGAGAAAUACAUAAAAGGAAUAGAAGAAGAUGAGAAAAAAAAAGUAUAUGUAAUAAAAUGAAAUC